AUGGCAAAGGGAGAUAUUAUGACACCCCCUGGGACAGGCUACAUCGACACCCUCACCCCGGACCAAACAGCAACCCUGAAAGAAGUUUGGUCCAUCAUCUUUCACAUCGCCGAUUCUGGAGAAGCCGUCAUCCCGGCGGCCAUGAUGCGGGAAGUCGAAAAAGAAGCCCUUUCAGGAAAGGGUGCUCAAACACCAACUGUCCAGGCUGCUGCAAAGGCGGGCUGGUUCUCGGGGAGUAAGAGUGUACAGGCUGAAGAGGCUGCCAAGGCAGAGGGACAUGGGCAGGGUAUGGCCAAGAUCUCGUUGGAGGAUUUGGGCCUCUCGGUGGAUAAGUUGAGGCCUAUUCUUUGGGAUAAUGUUAUGGGUGACCAUCCUGAUGCCCUGCUCCUCAGAUUCAUCCGGGCAAGGAAAUGGAACACGAUCAACGCGCUCAGCAUGAUGUUCAAGGCCUUCAAGUGGCGACUAGACGAAGACAUCCCAGCCGUCAAGUACUCCUCCGACAUCCAACUUAACGACCAAAACCCCAAAUUCUUUGAACAACUUGAGAUGGGCAAGUUCUACAUCAAGGGCACCGAUGUCGAAGGCCGAAUGGUCGUUUAUCUCAACGUCCGGCUCCACCACCCAGGCGAUCAACCUCCCAAGACCCUCGAGAAGCUGACUAUCUACGUCAUGGAGUGUGGUCGUGUCAUGGUUGAACACCCAGUCGAGACUGUCUGCCUGGUUUUUGAUCUCACGGGCUUCUCGUUGUCGAACAUGGAUUUCACAAUGGUUCGGUACCUCAUUUCAAUCUUUGAGGCUCACUAUCCCGAAUCGUUAGGUCGAAUUGUAGUCCACGGAGCGCCAUUCGUGUUCUGGGGAGUCUGGAAGAUCAUCGAGCCCUGGAUGGAUCCCGUCGUGGCGUCCAAGGUCCGAUUCACCAGAAAGGACCAAGACCUCCUCGAAUACAUCCCCGCCGAACAUUUACCAUCGCGGUUCAAGGGCGGGUUGGACAAGUACGAGUACAAGUACAUGCAUGCACAAGAGGGGGAGAACGACCAUAUGGCAGACACGGCGACCAAGGACCGAUUUGUUGCAGAAUGGAAGGCGUUGAUGUGGAAGUUUGAGGCGUUGACGAGGGAGUGGGUCGAGUUGGGGACGGGGAAGCAAGUGGAUGUGGAAAGGACGGAGGAGGUUGUGACCAAGGAGCGUCAGGAGUUGGCGAAGCAGUUGAGGGUUGCUUAUUUCAAGAUGGAUCCGUAUAUCCGGGCGAGAAAUCUGUUCCAUCGCCAGGGGGUUGCUCUCCCCGACGGUGGUGUCAAAUGGACCUACGACAACUAG